UCUGUUUUCUAAAGAUGGGAAGGCGGAAACUGGAUCUUUCCAAACUGACAGAUGAAGAGGCCGAGCAUGUCUGGGAAGUUGUUCAGCGGGACUUCGAUCUGCGGAAAAAAGAGGAAGAGCGUUUAGAGGAGCUGAAAGGCAAGAUUGAAAAAGAAAGCACCAAGCGUGAGCUGCUGUCCGGUCAAUCCCACCUCAAUGAAACCCAUUGCAUUCACUGCCUGCAGCCCUUCAAGUUCCUGGUGAACAACAAACGCAAAUGCUUAGACUGCCACUUACACACCUGUAAAAAUUGUAGCAGCUACAAUAAAAAGGAGGAAGGUUGGGUGUGUGAUCCUUGCCGUUUAUCCAGGAUUGUGAAGACUGGAUCUGUGGAAUGGUAUUAUGAGCAUGUGAAAUCUCGUUUUAAGCGGUUUGGAAGUGCUAAGGUGAUGCGGUCGCUCUACGGAAGGAUGGCACAUGGACAGAAAAUGAAUCCUACCUUGCUUGGUCUUCAUGACAGAGUUUAUAGCUUGCCAGACAUCAACAGUGACUGCCACUUCUACAGCGGGAAUGAGGACAGUGAGGAGGGAGAGGCAGAAGAUGCUAUCGAUGGUGGAGAAGCAGAAUGCUAUGCAAGGAUGCGCAAGACCAAGCGCCUGCUGUCUGUCCAUCCCUUUGAUUUUGAAAUGGACUCGGAAUAUUCUUCUCAAUCUCGCCGGCAGUCUGAGCAACUCUCUCCUGGGAAUGAAGGUCUUCAGAGCUUUGCAGGAUUUCCCGAUGCCAAGGAAGACCCCUCCCAGAGGGAAUCAAUGAUUGCCGAAGCUGACCUGGCGGCAACGUUCCACCACCUCCUGCAGGAGCAGGGGCAGCACCUGCCGGCCCCCAAACAGGAGUUCAGCACCGAAGUUCGGCUGACCGUCAACUCACAGCCUAAAAGCCUCGAGAGAACUCCCAAGGCGGGCCAACCCUGGAAUGAGCAGCAUCCAUCCCAGUACUCAGCUGAUCUGGACACUUCUGAGGAAGACAUGGAGGGAGCGCAGAAGACCCUUGUCUAUCAGCCCCACCACACAAAACGCAGGAGCCGAGCUUCAUCCCAGGAGAACGUAAAUCCAUCUGGAAAUCAGAUUCUUGACCUGAACAAACGCAUGUCAGCUGUCGAGCGCAUGCUGAACCGUCUUGAGGAGAAGAUCCUGGUUCACCCAGAUGAGCCUCCAGCCCCUGAGUCCCCUACUGACCCUAGCAUAGAAGAGAAGGAACUGAGGAGGAAACUAGAAGAGCUGGCAAGAAACAUCAGUGACAAAGCUGUUUCUUCUGACGAAGAAGAGGAGGAGAAGGAGGAGGGCAGAAUGAAGCAGGAAGGGUCCAUACCAGAAAUAAGCUCGUCUAGCGAUGACCCGCCUACUGAUGCCAAGAAGGUGUUUGUUUCUGCGGGAAAAGCAUCUGGGCUAGAGAAGAGGCCAAGAGACCAAGGCCAUGGUGCCUAUCACAGCACAACCACCGACUCGGAGCUCUCUGAACUGGAAGACAAAGUGGCCUUUGCAGUGGCGCAAGUGCAGCACACAGAGAGCGAGGUAUCCGAUAUAGAAUCUCGAAUAGCUGCUCUCAGUGCUGCUGGCCUGACUGUUAAACCAGUGGAAAAGUCUAAGAAGAAAUCAAGCACCCAGGUGUUUAUUCUUCAGCCUCCCAGGAACUCUUAUAGUUCUCUAGAAGAUCAGAGUCCAGACACUCCUGUCGCAGCAUCAGCCGGUGACUUCAAAGUAAUGUCUAUGCCACAUGUGUUGAGGAGAAAAUUCAACACUUCACUUGAAACUGCAAACAAUGCUGAAUCAUUUGCUCGGAACUCCAAUUACAGAGGAUCUUUGACACAGCGAAAUCCAAAUGGAAGAACCAGGAAAGCAGAUCACAUCUUUGCGAAGCCUGUGAUGACCCAUCGCUCUUGAACAGAAUGAAGUCUUCUAAGACCUCCACUCAAGAUUUCAUCCCCUCAUUCUAUUUUCUUUCUUUUCUUCUUUCCAUCUGUUGACCUGAGCGCUAGAUCUACACAUUUUCCUUCAGGGGGCAAAAGCCCGCACUGCUCCCUCCCUUUGCCUGAGUCAGGAAACAGGAAAGAAACAGGUUGGAAAAGAAUUCUCUGGGCAACAUCCCUUUGAAAUUUGCUUCCUACAGUCAUUGCAACGGCACGCAGAGCCCAACUUAGUAAAAGGGAUUUCUGUUCUAGGAUUGACUUAAUUACCUGCCCACAUCUAUUGAGCAGGACUCGUAGCUAAAAUGUUUUUUCUUCAUGCACUGCUAAAGUAUGCAUCCAUAUUCUGAUCAUUUGGGCUGGUGAAUUAAAGUCAUGUCAUGCAGGUUUCAGUGCUCAGGAUUUCACAGUGCCCUGCAGUAAUCAG